AUGCCUUUGCGGCAAUACGCCAAACCCCGAACUCCUAGACGCUCGCCCAAGCAACAUGACAUUGACGCCUCUCGUCGAUCCCAUCAUGCGGAUCGUCGCUCUGCCACCCAUCGCGCCUCGGCGCAAUCACAGACCAGCGCACGCGCAAAACUCGGCGAUCUCGUCGCCUCGUCCACCCACGAGCACAUGAUCAAGGCCGCUCGCCGCGUCAUUGAUCUGGUGGACAGCAGCGAUUCCGACCCCGAGCCCAAGCCCGCCGUAACCACGCCGCCGCUUCCCACCGCCGCUGCUCAGUAUGACGACGGUAUCGUCACGCCAGAGCUACCUCCAGCGCGACCACAAUCGUCUCCAACCACCCUGCAGCUACCGUCAGCGCGACUCUCCUCGAUUGAUCUGGUCGCAGAGAUCAAGACCGAGGACGAUUACGACAAAGUGAGCGUCCUGAGCCUCCCAGACUCGCCUGUAGAGGAACCACCAGAUCCUCUGGCCAACCAGCGCCCGCUCUUCGAUCCAGAAGAACUCCGCGUCCAGUACGACGAGCUCACAGCGCUGCUCGAAACAGAGCAACACUCGGGCACAGAAGACGACGACGAGGACUACGAAGUGCGUCGUCAACGCAAGCUCCGCGCCAACGAGGCUCUUCUCGCUCAGCUCGGCCUGUCAGCAGGCGUCAGCGUGAGCAAGAUCGAAGGCGCAUCCAUCGAUGACACUCAGCGUUCCGAUGCGCACGACGGCAGCAACAACGAUGUCCAGGCGGAUGAAACCCCUUCUCGCAAACGCGGCCGUCCCAAGAAGCGCGUGCGCACAGAGAAUCGGCCCGACGUCCAUCAGCUUGAGGCUGCUCCCAGCAAAAGGAAGAAGUACGACCGCAAGGUCAAGUUCGCCGAUGACGGAACCACCAAAUCAGCGCCUCUUGCGGGCGAAUCUUUCGUGCUUGCCUACAUCGACACGCCCCCGCUCAGAGACCGAGCUCGAACCGAAUUCGUCUUCAUCCGAGACGUACCCGACAUCCGCCCCGAAGACCUCGACCGCUGGAGCGAAGCAGACGAGGACGAGCAAGCAGGCGAGGACGAGCACGUGCAGCUCGCGUCCGAUCCACUGGCCGGCGACGCGCAAGGCGACGUUUCGGCCAUGGGCAGGAAGAAACGGCCGCCCCAACCGGACGUCCUGCCCGACGGCACCGAGCUGUCGUCCUGCCAUCAGUGCCGGCGCAAGACGGCGGACGCCAAGAUGCGAUGUCACCGCAUGCGCAACGGCGCGCAGUGCCCGCUCAACUUCUGUCGCCGAUGUCUCACUGUGCGCUACAAUCUCGAAUUCGACCCAGCCGACACGUCGUUCCGCUGUCCCAAGUGCCAGGGCUACUGCAACUGCUCGAUCUGCUUGCGCCGUUCCGGCUUUGGCAAUCUGCUGGACAAGGGCAAAGACACGGUGCUCGCUUUUAGCAAGGAACUCAGAAAGCUCGUUAGCGAGACGGACCUCGAAAGCGUUCAGGGACGCAUCGGGGCUCUUCUCGCCGAGGAACGUGCGGCUCUGGCGACCCCCGUGUCUGCGCGCAAGAAGAAAGUCAAGAAAGAGGCUUCGGAUGUCGACCCGCUUGCGACCAAGUCGCCCGGACCGCGUGGUCGGCCCAGGAAGAGCCGUGCCCUCGACCAUGAGGAGGACAAGGUCUUGCUCGAGCUGUCCAGUGAGGCGGAACCGGGCGAACUGUUGAGCCCGCUCGAGAUUCACGCCUUAGGCGUGCUGGCGUUGGCUCGCCAUGUGCUCAAGCUUGUAGCGGCGCAACGAGCCGCACGGCCGCGCCCGAGGCUGGUGGUGAAGCUGACCCACCGGAAACCAAAGCUUGCAGAGCCACUGGAAGCGAAGCCGAAGCUGGCGAAGCCGAAGCGGGUGUCCAACUAUCACGACAUUGAGAAGGACGUGUGGGUGCGCAGCGAAGCCGACUUCAGCCACUCGGAGUCCGAAGACGAGCUGGGCGACGACGAGGAGGAGGAGAAGGAAGCGACCGAGACCGCAUUCGAAGAGGGCCGCAUCCAAGCCUUUGCGUCUUCGCUCGUGGACCCGCCCAUGACGAGUUCGGUGGCGAGCAGCCAGAGCUCACUCACAAGUCUGGAGGACCUGCGCAGUGCUUCGUCGGUGGCGUCGUCGCAGUCGGACGACGGAGGAAUGUCGCCGUCGCAGUCGGAUGCGGGCACAGCGCCCGCCUUGACGGCAUUCUCGCAGUCGGUGUCAGAGACGGAACCGUCGGAGCCGCACGAUAUGCAGCAAUUCGCGCUGGCGGUGCUGGACGACACGCGGUCGCCGGAGAAAGCGCGGCAGGAAGAAGCGGUGCCAUCGCUCAUCGUAGACGAGGCGCUGGGCGAGCUGGACGACUUACUCGAGCCCGAGCCGUCGCUGGCAUCGGCGCCACUUUUAGCGGACCCGAUCUUUGACGUGACGCCGAUCUCGCUCGCUCCGAGCACUGGAUGUUACGACCCGCCGGAGAUGCACGCCAUGGAUCAAGCAUGA